AUGCACGAAGAAACCGGUAACUCACCGGUGCUGGGGAAAACCUCUUUUUCCAUCGCAGACAUCCUGGAUCCCUCCAAGUUCACCGGGAAACAUCAGGAGGCGCAGAGAGACGUCGAAGCGCGGGAAACCUCAAGUAAACCUGCAAAUAAAGACGGCGCGGAGACAACUGCGUGGGGAACCGCAGCAGACUCGAACACCCCCGGUAAUUCUGGCGUGAAGGGGAAAUCGAAGCGAAUCCGAACCGCGUUCACACUGGAUCAGCUGCGCAUCCUGGAGCGAAGCUUCCAGAACAGCCAUUAUCUGUCGGUGUUUGAGCGCCACUGCAUCGCUGCAGCUCUCCGUCUCUCCGAAACACAGGUCAAGAUCUGGUUUCAGAACCGACGCACCAAAUGGAAGAAGGAACAAGAAGGUCACGGAGGAGAGGAGCAGAACCCUUGCGCGCAUCCGGCGUUCGCGCACAAUCUGUUAAUGCAUGCGCUGCCUGGACAUCACGCAAACCGUGUGCAUUAUUACACACCACAAACACUGUACCAGAACACACCUUACCAUCACAACACCAUCAUGAUGUUCUGA